GCUCCGGCGACCCUAUUCAGGAUAUGCAUUUGCAGGCAGAAGGGAUCGGCAGUGAAAUGACUGUGCAAAAGAAUAGAUUCAUAGGUGCACUCACGGCGGUCAGGGUCCAAUCUUAAAGCCUGGGAGGCGUUCAGAGCCAAAUGCGAGUGACUGGAGCUCGAUCCCGCAUUAUUUGGAAGCCCGUCGGAGACUGGAGGGAAUCCCCUGGAAACACCCGGACUCGCACCCGACCCGCGGGACAACAACCACAAGGUCCGGCCACUAGAGGAGCCAUAUCCGCCUAGCACAUGUCACGACGAAAUCCAACCCACGACUCGUAUCCCUUCACAUAUAAAUAUGUCAUUUCUAUAUGGACUGAAGUAAUUACAUUUGGAUGAGAAGGACUGUCGCAGAAGGCGGAAGAAGCUAAUCAGCCGUGAAGGUUCACAUUCGUCCUUAUAAAUUACAUAGAGCCUAUUAAAACAAUACAUCACAUCAUCGACUGUUUACAGGUAAUUCAGAGUUGGGACAAAAGCGCAGUAAUUUUACAUUACUGAUGGUCAGUUCUAUUCUGGAUUUUACAAUCGUGUCUGUAUAUUUUACAUCGCGUCACCUGAACACUUCGAGCGAUUCAUUCAAGCAUUAGGAACAUGCGUGCUAUCGCUGAAGUAUUAGCUUUUCUUCUUGGUUUCCUGAGUGUAAUCAUGGUCGGAGUUUCUUUGCAAAAUCCGUACUGGAGAGUAUCGAGCGAUGACGGAAACGUGAUCCGAACCUCCACCAUCUACGAGAACCUCUGGAUGUCCUGCGCAAGCGACUCCAGCGGCUCCUUCAACUGCCGCGACUUCCCCUCUCUCUUCGCGCUGUCCGGGCCCCUUCAAGCGUCCCGAGCGCUUAUGAUUGCGGCCAUAUCGAUGGGCACGGCCGGCGUCUUUGCCACCCUGGUCGGAAUGAAGUGCUCCAAAGUUAUGGGAGAAAACUAUGUGCUGAAGGGGAGGAUCGCUGGAACUGGGGGCGCAUUUUUCCUGCUCCAAGGUCUCUGCACUAUGAUAUCUGUAUCUUGGUACGCGUUUAAUAUCACCCAAGAGUUUUUUGAUCCACUCUAUCCAGGGAUAAAGUACGAACUCGGAGAGGCGCUGUAUAUCGGUUGGGUUUCGGCUACGAUCGCCAUCUGCGGGGGGGUAUGUCUGCUGUGCUCCUGCAAGUCGGCGAAUUCAGAGAAACUGCCUUAUCACCACAAGUCGGCAAGAGGUACAGUAUACUCAGCGAGGCGAGGAAUCGAGGACACUGGGCUACCGAACACGCCCAGUCACUACGGCAGGAAUGCCUACGUCUGAGCCAGUCUAGUUCCGUAUGAACUCCCCACGACUGUGCAUUUCAAACCUUCUCUCCCUUUGGUCUGGAGAGUCUACUAUAAAAUAUCCUGCAUCUCUGAAUAAUAGCUACUUUUAAUGGUAACUUUCAAGAUGGAGAAUAUGCCACUGAGCAUAUUCUCACAAUGCUGUAAAAAUGUACCAGCAGCGUAAGCUGACGCAGAGGGGUAGCUGUGAAAUAAUCAUAUUGAAUUGUUUAAAUUGGUGCUAUUGUAUAGCCUGCAAGUGUCAUUGGAAAAGCAGUCAAGUCCUGCGCAUGUAACCAUAUGUUAGAACGAAAGUUCAUCCUUAACUUAAAAUGGAGUUAAAUUUGGCAUCGGGAACAUUGAGACUGUUAUUCUCCUGUUCUGCUGCAUCAUGAUGGAAAUUUUUAUUCAAUAAUUUGUCUUUAUGCUAUCCUUUUAAUGGGUGAUGCUGUGAACGCUUGUGUUAAGACAAGAAUUACAUUGCUCUGCCGAAGCUAUUACAUAUAACAAAGAAAAACCUUAUAAUUAACAAAACUAUUUGAAACAAUCAAUGCAAUCUAAUAUAAUCAAACUUUAUUGCACUCACCUGUUGUGCCGAAGAAAUAAUGUUUGCCUCCAACCUUAAUGUUGAAACCUACUGCUUUUAAUGUUUUAAUGCCGUUUACCUGAAAAACGUUAUGUCGAGGAAAGCAGUCUGUAAAUCAAAACUCAAGACGCGUCUGACCGAAAGCAGUGUAAAGUGAAUUACCGCAAAUCGAAGGAUUGCUGUGUAUGUAUAUUUUGCAUUGAAUAAGGCAGAAAUAAUGCAUGUAUUCUUUGUAACGUUUAAAUGUUUUUUUUUAAAGUGCGAACUAUGUGUCAUAAAU